AUUCCCUCAAACGCCCUCCGCACCACUCUAAAUUUUCCAGUUCCUGCGGAAAACUCUCUCCGUGCGGAAAGCCUAAAAGCGGGAGCCUCCGACAGCUCAAAACCCUAGAAAUUCAUCUGUCUUCAUGGCGCUCCAUGGAUCUAGCUUCUGCGUAAAUGGCAAUGUUUCUCUUAGGGAGCUUAAUCGCUUGCCGCGUUCCUGCUUUUAUACUUUUGAGAUGCUUCAUCAUCCUUCUUCACUCUCUUCAAGGAAAAACAAUUUAGUUGUGGCAAGGACUUUCGAAAAGGGGUACAAAGUUCCGUUCUUUCCUGGUUAUCAUCAGCUCAAAUUGCGAACUGAAGAGUCCAUAUCCUCUGUUCAGGCCUCUCGAUUGCGGUCACUAAAACCAUGUAAUGUGAAGGGCGAGGACUCAAGGGAAAGCUCAAGCAGCGGCGAAAGCAUCAUAUUGGAUGCACAAACUUUAGAGCGUGAUCUAGACAUUGCCAUUGCAGAGGAGAACUAUGCCAAAGCAGCACAGAUUCGUGACAGCCUCAAACUUCUGAUGCAGGAUAGUCUAACUUCUGUUAGAGCAGCAAAUGCACAAUUCUAUGAGGCAUUCAAGAUUGGGGAUUUAGCAGCCAUGCAAGCCCUCUGGGCCCAAAGGAAAGAAGUCUGUUGCGUGCACCCGGGUGCACGUGGAAUCUACGGUUACGAAGAUGUUAUGACUAGCUGGGACUACGUGUGGGCAAACUACGAAUUUCCACUAGAGAUCGAGCUGAAAGACGUUAAUGUUUACGUUAGAGGGGAUGUCGGGUAUGUUUCUUGUGUGGAAUUGGUUAAGACAAAGGGCAGCAGUUGGGGGGGACAGUUUGCAACAAAUGUGUUUGAGAAAAUUGAUGGUAAAUGGUUUAUCUGUAUUCACCAUGCUUCAGUUCUUGACUUGUGAAUUUUACAAACUAGAAUACAUUUAUAAUGUACGACUUCCCUGCUUA